UCGAUCCUAGGUAACUAUCUAGCAGAGCUUGUAUCGAGAAAAUCGAUCUGAUGGGGAGGUCGCCGUCCUGCAGCCACGACGCGGGCGUGAAGAAAGGGCCAUGGACGGAGGAGGAGGACAAGACUUUGGUGGAGUACAUCCAGAAGCGCGGCGGGAACGUCGGUAGCUGGCGCGGCCUGCCCAAGGCCGCCGGCCUCAACCGCUGCGGCAAGAGCUGCCGCCUCCGGUGGACCAACUACCUCCGCCCCGACAUCAAGCGCGGCAACUUCACCGACGAAGAGGAGCGCCUCAUCAUCACCUUACACGCCAGCCUUGGCAACAAGUGGUCGACGAUCGCGACGCACCUGGAGGGCCGGACGGAUAACGAGAUCAAGAACUACUGGAACACGCACAUCCGCAAGAAGCUCCUACGCAUGGGCGUCGACCCAGUGACACAUCAGCAGCUGCCACCCGGCCAGAGUCACCACCACCUCAACGCCACCUCCAUCGCCCACCACCCCGGGGCGCUCCUUUGCACUGCGGCGGCCACAAGCCUCGGCAGCUUGGACACCGGCGCCCUUAUGCAGGCGCAACUUCUACAACAGCUCCUCCAGGCCAUCGGAUCCAACAAUGGCGCCAGCGGCCUCAUCAUUAACCUAGCUGCAGCAAACGCAAUGCUAAACUCAAGCGGUAGCAUGGUUCCGAACCUCUUGCAGGAGCAGGACCAGAUGAACUGCCUGCAGCCGGGUUACCUCUGCAACACCUCCAACUUUGCAGAGCAACACGUGGCGCAACAGCAGCUGACCAACGACACGUCUCCGGGAACGAGCUCCUUUGCAGCAGCUAAACAGGCUGACCAGCUCUGCAACACUGCAACUUCAUUUGCAUCGCAUGAUGUUGCACCCGUGGGUAACUGGUCGCCCGCGCAGGAGUUCAGUGGCUUGCUGGAGCCCAUGAUGGAGCUGCCCGAUCUGUGCUCUCUAGAGAGUGAUUCUUUCUGGAAGGACAUACUGGAGGACAGCUACCGUUUGUAGAUUCCUCCUUCCGGCUGAAACAAAUGUGUUGUGUAUAAUAGUUUUGUACAGCUUUAGAUCCAUCAUAGAGGUGUAGAUGGGAUGAUAAAGCAUGCAUUGAUUUGUUUGUGUGUUCAUUGUGCUUCUUCCAAUAUAUUGGUCAGUGAAGUUGAAGGUUGUCCAUUGCUGAUUUAAUAUGACUUGUGCUCCUUAUGAGUUAAGAUGUUGCCAAUAAGAUGGCAGACAACCGAAACAAUUUUGUCGCAAUGACUGUGGUGCUUAUUAGAUAGAAUUUGGUUAAGGUUGGAGCUUAGUAAUAGAUGCUUCAAUGGAAUGUAAUACUGGCUUACACAUCCCAUGUUAGCUAAUAGACGAAUGGACCUAAGGUGUCCUAAAAAGCUAGUAGAUUUCAUUUUCAAUGGUUUUUUUAAGGAACCGGUAGGAAAACUAUCUUUUCAUUUUUCUUGACAAAAGAUGAAUUUUAUUGGCUCAAAAUGAAGCAUAAAAAAAAUACAUAACAUAAUGAGGAUAUACCCGGCCUCUGCAUAGUUAGGAUGCACACAACAACGCCAACUCACACAUGCAAAAACCGGACGACAACUAACAAAGUCAUAAAAGACCACAACUUUGCGUAGGCGAGAAAACAAACCAAAACAAUCAGAUCUGCGGUCGGCAAACUACGGUAAUGGCCAUAUCCGCAUAAACCGUAUGAUGA